AUGCUGUUUACCGAAGCCUCCACAUAUUCAAAAUUGGGAAUACUGACGACAUUCGGCUGCAUAUUCAGAGUAUGUAUUAAUUCGGUGAGGAGACAGGGAACGGAUAUCCAAGAAGUAUUCGCAGUGAUGCCGUUGUCCGCACUGGUAGCGGAUCGGAUUCUUUGUAUGCACGGCGGCCUGUCCCCAUCACUUCUCACAGCACCUUCGCUGUCCAUCCUGAAUGAGAUCCGUCGUCCCAUUUUCGAUCCACCAAAUCCAUCACUACCACUGGACCUCCUUUGGGCUGAUCCGGAUAUCAACAUCAAGCAGUUCAAAAUAAGUAUAAGGUAA